AUGCAGAUCACAGGCCAGGAAGAGGCCAUGUAUCAAGUUAAAGUGAUCGAGGACUGUAAGGGCCGUAAAAACGACCUGCCGGUGAAGGUCGGAGACACCGUGAGCAUCAUCCGUACCGACAAUUGCCCUAAAGGGAAAUGGCUGGCUAAGGACAGCAACAACAAAUACGGUUAUGUCCCGGUGGAGAGUAUGGAUUUGAACAUCAAUGGAAUUAUGGAGCUGGGGAAGAUGACAACAGCAUCUAACAGAUCCAACGGCAAUGGACACAAAAUCACAGAGGCCACCAGUACAAACAGCAGGACCUCAGAGCAUUACGAUGUGAACCAUGAGAGCUUCUCAGAAGACAGUGAGGAGUGGACAGCUGAUGAUGAUGACCCCGUGUUUGAGUCUGCCAAUGAAACCUCACACAUAGGGCUGAAUCAGUUACUGGCCACACCAGCUCAAGGUCCUGUCGAGCCAACCGAAACUGAUUUAGGUUACAUGAGUGUGCAACAAAAACCGGAAGCCCUUCAAAGACUAUCCACAUUCUUUAUGCAACCCAAGACACCCUCUCAACUUCCCCCGCAAGACAACAACCCACUAAUGCCAGAGCCUAAACCAGCACAUGAAGAGGAUCCUGGCAGCUUAAAUGAAGAGGAAGAUGAUUUAGAUAUCUCACAAAUCCAGUUUCUUCCUCCUCCAGACUUGUAUGCUGACAUCAAUGCUGGAGACUCCAUGCCUAUUUACAGCAAGCCAAUCAAACUCGUCUCAAAAUAGCCAAAUAGCUCCGGCUGCAAGAGGGAAAGAUGGACUGCGCUGGAUCUUCACUCUGAGUUCAUAACCCUCCUGUGGGGUGUGUUUUGAUGAGUACCACAGUAAAUGUCACCCACACAAGCUCAAGAAGAAAUGUGUCUGUCAAGUGGGAAGAAUUAUGUUUGUGAUUGUGCAUCUGUCUGUAAAUGGCUGCAGGCGAGUUCUUCUAUAUUCAUGUAUAUUUUGUGCAUUCUGUAUGAAAAAUACCCAUGCGUGGAGCUGUGAGAAGCUCUUCAGAUAAUUUACACCCUUACAUCUAAGUGUUAGAUCUCUCUAUAUAUAAAAAAUCAUGCAUUCUGUGGCGAAGACAGUCUGUGUCUAGUCUGAGGUUGUCUAAUUAGUUUAAAAGGUUCAUAAUUGGACACUUGUAUUCAAAACUGACAGAUCAACAUGAGAGCUUAUGCAUGUUAAAACAGCUUGGCAUUUGGGUUUGGUUUUAACAGUAUACUGUCAAGUAAAUAUUUAAAUGCAGUUCCUAAGUCAGCAUUAUAUUUUUGCAGUGUAAUUUACUUAGAAGUUAGGAAUGCAACCUUAAGGUUUAUAUAACCAUGCUCUGUAUUUGUAUUAGAUGAAUUAGUAUUAUAUUAUGUGUUUUAUAUUUUACAAGCAGUACUUUGCAUUUAAGUAUUCCCAGUCUUCAGGACUACUCUACAUUAGGGAAAAUAUGCUGAUGCUUGUAGUGCAAGUUUGAGUGCUCUUUAUUUAGUCAUUCUACUGCAUGUACUAAAUUUUCUGGUGCAGACAAUAAAUGCCACAGUUGUGUAAA